UGUUUUCAGAACUUUGAGAGCAACGACACUGAAGUUCGACAAAGUUUGUCGAACUUUAUGUGUCACGACGUCGCCACGCAAGAGCGAUUCUAUGCGUUGCAUAAGACACUGUCCCGGGCCAAGCAGAUGCGGGAGAUGUUUGUCUGCCUGUCAGUAAGGCCUGACAAAACUACCCCUGCCACAACCCCUGCCACAGCCCCUGCCACAGCCCCUGCCACGAUGCCUGCCACAGCCCCUGCCACGAUGCCUGCCACAGCCCCUGCCACAGAGGGUCCAAGCCGCAAAAGGCCCCCCCCGUCCUCACCCCAGAGUUCAGACUCUGAGGAGAAGGAGGAGGAGGAAGUCCCGACAAAGCGUGAGUCCCUCUCAAUGAAGCUUGCAAAAAAAGUCAAGGAGAAGGUUGGCUUCUCCCCCAGGAAGCAGCAAACUCAGCCGGUGCACGCCCGGCUACGGCCAAGGGUGCUCCUUAAGGACUGUUCCAAAAUGUUCAAAUAAUUUUUUUAUCUUGUGUAAUAUGUGUUCUUAUUUAUGUUCACUCUAACUUAUUAUUCUGUUCAGGUUAUUAAUAUUCUUGUUAUUUCUUCAUUCAAAUCGU